AUGGCAGGUAUGUUGCUGCUACAGUUCUUCCCAUAGGCAGCAUUCCUCCCCUUUUUCAUCUCUGAUAUGUCAUGACUUCUUGCAUAUUCUGCCCUAUUGUUAAUUAUAUGACCUGGAAGACUUACACCAUUAUUCUUUAUGGAAGGAUCAUCCUGAACCCAAUGAGUCUAAGCUCCUGAUGGCUUUCAAAUAGAAAAGAAUUUAAAAGUUGAUCUGCAAGCUUUCUGAUAUCAAGUGGCAGUUUUCCAGUUCUGCAGUGGUUUAACUGUAGAUCAUCCUACCAGCUUUGCUUCAACCAAAAUUUCCCCAGUACCUAUGCUAUAUAAACCCCUUUCCCACACCACCACCCUGUUAUCCACUGAAAGUAGCCCCGGAUUUGGACAUUUUUAUCCCUGAAAUGCUUCUUUGGAGAUCCUGAAUUUAAAAAUCUUAGCUAAGUUUUCUUCUUCUUCUAGGACUGCAGCACUACUUUUCUCAACAGCACUGGGAUCAACGUGCACCAAAGCCAUGGAUUUCUCUUCUGCAUUUUCUAGAUGGCAUUCAAUAUCCAUAUCCUUCACACCUUGCAGGCAAGCCACCUUGCAGUAAGCAUGCCUGUUACAGCUCCACCUCAUUGCUGUUCAUCAUCAAAUGGACCCCUUUUAAGCAACUCUUCCUCAGUAUGAUGCCUUCCUAUCCCCAAGGCUCCAUUCUCCAUCACAACAGAUUAUAUUGUGCCAUAACCUUGAAGAUCUCAUAUACAGACCUCUCUUAGCUUCUCCAGGUUAGCUACCCUAGCCUCAAAGGAACAAAGAGCCAGGAGCUCAUUGUCUUAGGGACACACCAACAAUUUGUUCCCUGCCAGCAGAUAAUCAUACAUGUGAUGCCCUGUACAUUACACAGGAAGUUACUUACUCCUGCUGGCUUUCUAUUUCCAUAACUGAUUGAUUAAACUGAGUAUAAACCUGUUUUAAAUUCAAGAGCAAAGGACUAAACCCAACAGAGUUAGGCAUGGUUAAGCCUGCUGAAAUCAGUGGGAUUAAGCAUGUCUCCAUUGGAUUUAUGCCUAAGUAUUUAAAGGGGCAUCAUGAAUAAUAUAAAUACUGUUGGCUGCAAAUAUAUUGCAUAACCUAAGUAUAAUCAAGGAAAGAAUGCCUUCUUGAGAAACGUCUUCCUGAAUAUCUGAAAACUUUGUAGUUUGUACCUGGAAGAAUUGGGUUAUUUCCUUCAACAAACACCCUGUAUUCUCUUAGAAAUCUACUGUGAUUUGCAGGGAUAAGACGGGAUGGACAAUCUAUUGCUGGACUACAACUUCCUUCAUCCCUGGCCAUUGAUCAUGUUAGCUGGGGCUGAUGGGAGUCAGACAACAUUUGGAGGGCCAUAGGUUAUCCACUCCUGCCUUAAGACCUAUGCUACAAACAAACUUAACAGCCACAGAUUCUUUCCAAUGAAUUUUGGAGUUAGAGUCUUUGAAGUGUGGGAAGCAGGGAAGCAGGAAUCUAGCAGCCAUGAACACAAUUUUACUAUCUAUAAAACUGAAUUCUAACCAAAACUUUUAAAAACAACAACCUAUAGUUCUCAGAUUUCACUGCAAGAAACCAAAUUGAUCUUAGUUAAAACACAGUUGGUAGCAUACAGAUGCCUUAAGACUGGAUGUGCUGUAGAGAGCAACUGAUCUCUACUGGAUGAGGGGUGACCCAUGUAUUUGCUUCAUCUUUCAAAUGUCAGGAGAUGUGCUGGAAGCAUAGCUAUAUUCAUGACAGCUGUGCUUUUAGAGAUGACAAUGGCCAUAAAACAUAAGGUAGGAAGAAACACGGAAGAAGCUGGACAGAAUACAUGUUUUGUUGGUGUGGAGUUCUCUUUUGUAGCCCAGUUUUGAUCUGAGAAAUAAAAACUGUUAAUGUGCUUUACAGAAAAUUUGUCUCAGAAGGGGGUGGGGGAACACAAGUUGAUAAUUAAGAGCAGGAAAUUAAGUUUGAAUUCUGAUUCUGAAAUCUCACUUGAAAUCAGCCUUUCCUACCACAAGCAUUUGCCAGAUGUGAAGUGUGGCUGUGAACUGAGCUGUUUUACAAACCUGGCACUAGAAGGCUAUAUUCCCAAGCAAAUUUUGGAUUUCCCACUUAUGUCCCAGUAUUAAUCACAGCUUCCGUGAACUCAUCCACAGUUCACAGUCUUACAUAGUGCUCCUAUUACUCAGCUACUUUGAGGACUACACAGCUUGAGCAGUUUUCUCGCCUUAAACCAGUGCACAUAGCCUUCCAACUAGAGGGGGGGCAAUAUAACUUUCCACAAGCAACUACAUUUUUUCGAAGUUAUAAAGCACAUACACUUUAAAGGCAUAUGAAUGGGGUGACUUUCACCAACCAAGCGCGAAAGUCUGUCCCUAAGCAAGUUUACUCCAGAAGAAAACAGCCACUGACUUCAGAAUUGCAGCCUGAAACUACUACAAGGCAGUAGGACACAACUACUGAGUUCUCAAGCAGCUGAGAAGUCGGUGGUAAAUACAGCAAGUAGGGUUGCCACUUUUGGUUGGGCAAAAUAUGGGGCAGGUCAGGCAAAGAAAAGGCAGGUUGGGGGGGGAUUGGGGGACUUAAAAGUGCAAAAAUGAUUUCAAAGCAAUCUAUUACAAUGAUCAAAUGGAAGCCAAGUUCAAACUGUAACAGCAAACAUUCCAACAACAAUCCUGAAAGGAAAUCCUCCCCACCUGCUGAAUUUCUGCCUGUAGAAACCCUGAAUGUAGAAACCCAAACCAAAAAAAAAAAGAGAAAGGGAGGGGGGAAGGGACGAGAGAGACAGCAACAAGUUCUGCUUUUCUUCCUCACAGAGCUUUGCCUUCAACAUCGUAACAAGGUUUGCAUAACCCCUCAUCGUGGUACAGUGAAUUUGAGAGAUCGUAAGUUAUGGGGAGCAGAGAAAAGCAGCGGUGCCAACUUGAAUAUAAAAAAAUGGGAGGGGGGCUCCCAGGUAAGCCCCGCCCCACAUAAUCCAUCACAUGAUGCGCUGCACACACACUAUGUGAAUGGCAAUGCCCAUCAACUGGGGGUGGAGGGGCUCAGCCCCUUUAAAAAUUUGAUUGGUGGGGUGAAGACACCCUCGGCCCCAAGGAGUCGGCUGCUAUGGAGAAGAGUAUUUACACACGCGGGCAGCAAAAGCGAAGUGGGUUUAUAAAGCGGAGCCACUGACGGCGCCCUCCCUCACCCCACGAGCCGCAAUUCCCACAGACCCCUCGUGACCACUCCACGCGCGCCACAGGCUCCCCGCUUUCUUCCCUCCCGGCAGGCCUGGCGCGGCCCUCUUCUCCUUCUCCCUCCCUCCUCCUGCCUCCUCGCGGCCGCCGACGUCGUCGCCGUCCUGCGCGAGCCGCGCCGCCCGCUUCCCUUCGCCCGUGACUCCUCCCUCCCCUUCCCGCUCUGUCCCAGGGCUGACAUCACGCCCGGGGUUUCCAUCGGACGAGGGGAGGGGAGGGGGGUGAAGGAAAGAGGAGGAGGAGGAGGACGCUGUACGGAGCGGCUGCGGCAGCGUGAUGGCGGCGGCGGCCGGGAGGACUUAAAGCAACGGCGUCGCGCGCCCGCUCACCUCGGGGUGGGUUUUUUUAACCCGUUCUCUUCCCUCCCGCCGCGCUCUUCCCUAUUAAACCGCUUCUCUCUGUUUCUGAGGGGGCUCGCGCUGCUUCUCCCUCCCUCCCGCCCUCCUCUUUUUUUUUCGGGUAGGCCAAGAGGGAGGGCCAGAGAAGCGGCAGAGGGAAGAGGAGAGAGGGAAGAGAUCCCGGCAGGCCCCGGAGCGCUCCUUCCUUCCUUCCUUCCUUCCUCGAGGCCCGGCUGCAGCGCUCUCCCCCUCGCUGGCUUCUCAGGAGAGGCCCAGGCAGGCCUGGCGGUAAGUGCGGCCCGAUGGAGAGUGAAGGAGGAGGGCAGGCUGUGGGGAUCGGAGAGAGGCACGCCAUACCCGGCCUGGGCGCCUUGUGUAGGCCGCGGUGGGGCAAUGGAAGGGCGGAGAGGGAGGGAGCCAGCCAGCCAGCUAGACGGGAGUUGGGAGCCGAAGCUCCGGCUUGAGGGAGGAAGGAAGGAAGGAAAGGGCCCGGCCCAGGCGGUUUUGCUCGGUUCUGUGUGGAAAGCGGGCGAGCUGAGGGGGAGAAACGCCGCUUUUGUUCAGCCGCUGCGCCUCAGGCCGGUCCGUUUGUCCGACCGCCUUCGCUUUCUCGCUCUCAGCCCCCGCCCUCCACCCCCAUAUAGAGGCUCGCAGGAGCCGACCGCCGUGCUGCUGCUGGUUGUCUUUUUUCCCCUCCUCCGGCUUCCCCCGCCAUCUCCCUUUGUUUACCAGGCGGCCGAGGAGAGGCGGUUAUGCAGGACGCAGCGAGGCUUUCGCAAGCGGGCGAGGAGGGGAAAGGCGGGAGGACCGCGGCCGGCCUAAAAAAGAAGCGGCGGCGGCGGCAGUAAUAGUGGGAAAGGCGCCCCGCGAGGAGCAGCAGGAGACACCCGCCGCGAUAAGGGGGGAACCGGAGGGAGGGGAGAAAGCCCAUUUGUUUUGGCACCCACUAAAUCCACGAGGCCCGCUGCUCAUUGGCUGACAGGCUGGCUAUCAGGGACUCGGUGCGGUGCCUUCCUGCUGCUCUGAUCAGUGGCCCCGCCUUUUGCUUGGGUUCCCUUAAAUAAAUAUAUAUAUAACUGGGUUGAUUGAGACCAAGUGGAUGAUCUUUGCUGCUGUGAUAUUCCAAGUUAGCUUGUAUGAUAUCCAAAGGACGCAGACUUUCUAAGUAGCUAGAAAUUACUCUUGUGCUGGUGGCAAUAAGAAUUAGCAGCACAAGAGUAAUUCCAGCUACUUAACAGAGCUGGCCUUAGUAUAGGAUUUUGAAAGGGGCAAUGCCAUAGAAAUCAUAGUCGGGAUCUGUGAUUUGUUCAGUCGCUUUGGGUCAGGAAAACAAUUUUGUUAUAAAUCAGUCUUCCCUAUGUUUACUUGCAGUUUCCGUUCUCAAGUAAGCAGACAGGAGACUGUAAUCUUAACGGGAGUGAGCAAGCUGCAUUUUACUGGUGCUGCAAAUUUAUAAAAUGGUUCAUGUAUGCAUGUUGCUUACAACACAGUCCUAUGUAUGUUUACUCAGAAGUCAGAUGAAUUGUUAUAAUAGGACAUGCUCUGGUGAGUUGGUUUAGGAUUGUAGUUUUACUUUCAGAAGAACAAAGUUCCAGCCUGCACCAGCACUACUUCCUUGCUUUCCCUUGGCACUGCCACUAAUGGCACUGCUAAUUAGAUCAAUGUCAAAAUGCUUCAGAAAGGAUCAAAUUGGGUUUUCCAGUGUAUGAAGUUACUUAGCCUCUGAAGAAUAAUACUGACCCUGCUGUAUGAACUUACAGGGUAAAGAUCACUGAGAGAAUCCAUUAUGAGUGUUCACUGUCAAACUAGGACUGGAGAGACUCAGGUUCAAAUCCCCCAAUCAGCCACAAAGCAACAUUGGGCUAGUCACUCUCAUGGGUUUGGUGUAAUUAGAAAAUGGUUGGGGGAUGGGAAUGCAGGGUUAUAAAUGUAACAAAUAAUUCAAGAAUCUGAUGAGUUGCACAUAUCCAGCUAGUUUACUGCAGUAUCCUCAAAUAGAUUACAGAUUUGUAAACAUUUCACAUCUUUAUUAUUUGUGUAUUCAUUUUUUAGGGUAACUUGGGAAAAACAAUUAACCGCUGAAGUUACAUGUGAAAUAUCUGAAGAGCGAGGAAGACAACUCUCUUAA